AUGGACGAGAAACCUACCACCAGGAAAGGUCCAGAUUUCUGUUCAUUACGCUAUGGGCUGGCUCUCAUCAUGCACUUUUCAAACUUCACCAUGAUAACCCAGCGUGUGAGUCUGAGCAUUGCAAUCAUUGCCAUGGUGAACAACACUCAGCAGUAUGAUCUAUCUAAUGCCUCCACUGAGGGACCUCUUGCAGACACCCUUAAUAGUCCUAGCAGACCCAUCAAGGAAUUUAACACAAGAGCCUCUGUGUAUCAAUGGAGCCCAGAGACUCAGGGUAUUAUCUUUAGCUCCAUCAGCUAUGGGAUAAUGCUGACUCUGAUCCCAAGUGGAUAUUUAGCAGGGAUAUUUGGAGCAAAACAGAUGCUUGGUGCUGGCUUGUUGAUCUCUUCACUUCUCGCCCUCUUUACACCAUUGGCUGCUGACUUCGGAGUGAUUUUGGUCAUUGUGAUUCGAACAAUCCAGGGCAUGGCCCAGGGAAUGGCAUGGACAGGUCAGUUUACAAUUUGGGCAAAAUGGGCUCCUCCACUUGAACGAAGCAAGCUCACCAGCAUUGCAGGAUCAGGGGCAGCGUUUGGAUCCUUCAUCAUCCUCUGUGUGGGAGGACUAAUCUCACAGGCAUUGGGCUGGCCUUUUAUUUUCUACAUUUUUGGUAGCACUGGCUGUGUCUGCUGUCUUCUAUGGUUCACAGUUAUUUAUGAUGAUCCCAUGCAUCACCCAUGCAUAAGUGUCAGGGAAAAGGAGCACAUCAUGUCUUCACUGGCUCAACAGUCCAGUUCUUCUAGACGAUCUGUCCCCAUAAAGGCUAUGAUCAGAUGCCUACCACUUUGGGCCAUAUUCACGGGCUUUUUCAGUCACUUCUGGUUGUGCACCAUAAUCAUAACAUACCUACCAACAUACAUCAGCACUGUGCUCCAUGUUAACAUCAGAGACAGUGGGGUUCUGUCCUCCCUACCUUUUAUUGCUGCAUCAAGCUGUACAAUUCUAGGAGGUCAGUUGGCAGAUUUCCUUUUGUCCAGGAAUCUUCUCAGAUUGAUUACUGUGAGAAAACUUUUUUCAUCCCUAGGGCUCCUCCUUCCAUCACUAUGUGCCGUGGCCCUGCCCUUCGUGACUUCCAGUUACAUGACAACCAUUAUUUUGCUGAUACUUAUUCCUGGGACCAGCAACCUGUGUGACUCAGGGUUUAUCAUCAACAUCUUAGAUGUUGCCCCUAGAUAUGCAAGUUUCCUCAUGGGACUCUCAAGGGGAUUUGGGCUUAUCGCAGGAAUCAUCUCUUCCACUGCUACUGGAUUCCUUAUCAGUCAGGAUUAUGAGUCUGGAUGGAGAAAUGUCUUUUUCCUGUCGGCUGCGGUCAACAUGUUUGGCCUAAUCUUUUACCUCAUGUUUGGACAAGCAGAAAUCCAGGACUGGGCCAAAGAGAGGACCCUCACCCGCCUCUGA